CAAGUCUCGAACUCUCGAAGUGAGUGAUCUUCAUGGUCCAAGUUCUUAACACGUGGAUUUUCAUAAUGUAAUUUUUUUCAUGACAAAUUAAACUUAUUAAUUAUUAGCUAUGUUUUCUGUAGCCACUAGCCACAGUUAAAUAAUAAAGUGUAAACAAUGAAUAUUAUAGUUUAUUAAAUUAUGUAAUUAUUAAAUGGUGUAAGACUAAAUAUGAAAAAUAAUACAGUACUCAAUUAUAUUGUAAUCUGUAACAAUAUAUCUUGCAAUCACAGAUUAUAAAAAAAUAUUAUACAUGUUGAUAUCCCAAAUUUUUAGAUUAAGUCAUAUUGAAAUGAGAUCAAUUAACUAUACUACCAUGUGGUUUCAACACUUUCUAUCCGGUUGUGUGGUUAAAAUGAAAACAAUACACUUGCUUACUUUGGUGAAAAAUAUGGUAGUAUCUAAAAAGAUAUUCUAUACACAUUCAAAAUAUAAUUCAUUAUAUUCAGUGAUAUAUUAUACAGUUCAUAUAAAUAAUGAAACAUGACAUUAAUAAAUCCGAUUUAAAUGCAAGAUGACAUCAAUAAAUAUUAUACUUUUGAAAGUAUAUUAAAGAAAAUGGUCUGCAACGGAAGGAUGCCAAGGAUAUCUCAAAUACAUAUAUAAAGAAAAUGGUUUGGAAAUCUAAUGAAAUAGUGUUAGAUGUAGGAUGUGGACCAGGCGAUGUAACCUCAGAUAUUCUUUAUCCUUUAUUAAAGAAUAAGAUCAAUCAGUUGGUUGGCGUUGAUAAAUCAAUAGAAAUGGUAGAAUAUGCUAAAAAAACAUAUGGAUGCUCUAAAAUAGAUUUCAAAGUUCUGGAUAUUGAAAAUGCCAAUGACUGCUCUUUUUAUUCACACAAAUUCAACAAAAUAUUUUCAUUUUUCUGCUUUCACUGGGUUCAUAAUAAAGUUGAUUCCUUGCGUAGUAUGCAUUUAAUGUUGAAAAGUGGUGGAGAAAUUUUGUUAAACUUCUUGUUUAUCAAUCCAUUAGUUGAAUUAUAUAAAUGUAUGGAUGUAGAAUGGCAAAAAUAUAUUAAAGAUUUAAAACAAAUGUCAUAUGAUUUGUAUUCACAAGAUGAAAUAAGAGAAAUUUUUAUCAAGGCUGGAUUUCGAAUUAUUAAUUUAGAAUCAAGUAUCAAAAAAUACACAUUUCCAGACUUCUCAUCACUUUUGAAUGCCGUUAAAGCAGUAGAUGAUAUGUACAAUAUUUUGCCACAACAUUUACAUGACAGAUAUUCCAUACAUGUUAAAGACAAAAUAUGUGAGACACAAAGGGUUGAAAUAUGUCCAAUUACAGGAAUAACAAUCAAACCAUAUAUUACUAUUACUGUGCAUGCUAUAAAAGAUUAAAAUUUAAAACAAGAAUAUUAAAUAUUAUAAUAGUUUUUAGGUUACUUUAUAACUGGGUUUUAUUUAAUAAUUAAAAUAAUAAUGUAAAAUUUCUAUAUUUACACUAAGAGUACUUCUUGGGAACACAUUUUUACAAAAAAUCAGUGGUAGUAGGUUGUCUUGGUGAACAAAAAAAAAAAUCAGUUGUUUCCGAAAAAUAUUUUUAAUUUACGUUGAAUAUAUUAUAUUAUAUGAGAAAUAUAACAAUUUGAUAUCCUCACUUACCUAAUUUUAUUUAAACAAUUGAUAAACUAAACUAUAACAUAAAAAUUAAGACAUUUUUUUCAUUAUUUUUAAGUUUGGAAAUGUUUUAACCUAUUUUUUAAUUAAUUAGAUACAAUAUACACAAAUAUACACAAAAAUUAUGUAUUACCAAUACAGACAGUCAAUAUUAUUGUAUAACACUCAAAUGUUUAUCACAAUACCAAAUUUAAAGAUUAAAAAAGUAUUAUAAAUAUUUUAGUUUUUAAGAAAUCGACCACCCUCGAUUGAUGUCAUAUCUUAUAAACACAUGACAUAGUAAAUAUACUCUCAGCAUUUAGCUUACUUAAUUUUACUAUUAGAGUGAAUUAAUCUAUUAUCAACCUUAAAAGUAUUAAAAUUGUCAGUAUUUUGGAGGUUUUGUAUUGGUAUUUUGAAAUUAUAAAAAUAUAAAUUAUUAAUUAAAAUCUAAAAAUGCUUAAUACUUUCAACAAACCACAGACAAUAUGAUUUCCUUAAGUUCGAUUUGUGCUAAUAUUAAAAAUUAUUGCUGAACGUACAUUUGCUAUACUAUGCUUCAUGAGUUAGAUUAUGCGUUUAUGUAAGAUGAGGAUAACAAAUUCAAGUGAGACUUCUUUUUAAACAAAUUUACUAUUUUACUUAGAAAUAUAGAUUUGAUUUAUUUUAAUAAACUUAUAAGGAUCAUUGGAUAACAACUAACUUUUUAAGAUAUAAUUGAAUUUAUUCAUAACAUAUUUACUAGAAUAAUCAUAAUGUGAUUUAUACUGUUUAUUAAAUAUAUAACAAUUUAUAUAAAAAAAACUCAAUUUAUUGGUUUUACAGAUUAAUUAAAAGAAUAAAUAUUCCAAUUUAAUAAUUUAAAUCCUGUCCUUAAAGAGUAAAACUAACGGUGUCGAGUUUAGCUUUCUACUAUUAACAUAAUUUGUAUUGUCAAAUUAAGACAUGAAACCAAUAACUUAUUUACAUUUAAAUAUAAACAGUAUUCUAGUUCUUAAAAAAAUUAUAUUUUAAAUAUUAAAUUUGUUCAUUAUUUAUAAAAAAAUUAAAUAAAGAAUUUAAAAAUAACAAAUUUAUUCUUGUUGCAUUUAAAUUUAUUUUAGGAAAAAUGUAUGUUUUGUUUAAUUGUUAACAAACCUUUACUGUAACAGUAUAUUAUUACUUUUUCAACACUAGAUUUUUAGUAUAAUAUAUUUUUAAAUCCUCAAAUUAUACGAAAUGCCAUCAAUGGGUGGCUUCUUCAUUCAAAUUGUUCAUGUUUUCCUUCUUUUUUUCAAAUAGCUCAUACUCUUAUUGUGCCUACUGGUACAGAUUGUGUAUAACUUAUACCAAAUAAAAAUAAAAAAAUCCUCAAUUUA